UAUUUUGCAGUUUCCACAGCCAGAGAACUCCAAAAUCCACUAACACAACACCGCUCCUCCUCCAUACACGAAACCUUUUCUUACUCAGUAUAGUUUCUCAUUUGAAAAUGGAAGAGACUGGGCCGUCGAUGAUGGAGAUCAACGAUGAGGAAGAGUUCGGCGACGAGUUCUACGAGAAGCUAGAGGCACCUAAGUUCGUGGAUCUCACGGCACCGGAUCGCGACCGCCGUGAACAUGACGAUCGUUACUGGUUCUGUUCACGGGUUGGAUGUGACCAAAAGCAUGAAGAAGAAAUGGAUCCCGAAGCAAUCUACAAAAACUUUGUUCUUCGGGUAAUGGCAGCAAGAAGUCCUAGUAUUGGUCUUCGAAAAGCAUUAUGUAGAAAGGACUCAAGUAAAAAUAUGAAAUGUCCUCAAACAGUUCCUGCAAAAUCUUCCAAAUCUAGAGUAUCCAAAUUGGCAAUGAUUUCAUCCAUUUCUCAAAAGAUGGUCGAUGCUAAGGUGAAAACCAUAUCUAAGCAGAAUGCAACUCCAAAUGCAACGGCAAAGCCAUCAGCUGCCGUAGCAAAGGCUUUAACUACUCCAAGGAAUAAAAAUAGUCGCUCAAAUCCAGCUACCUUUCGAAGUAUUCGAAACCCAAAAGCCACAACCAUUGCAAUACCAAAUAAUAGCGUGGUAGCAAAAGCUUUGGUCUUUCCAUCACCAAAGAAGACAGUGAAGUUGAAACAAUCAGUAGAACUAGGCACCUCUAUGAGAAAACUCUGCGAUGGGAUGAAGAAACUUGAAAUUACUAACACAAAGCAAGAGAUUUUGGGUCCCAAUAAGAAACCAUUGCCUGUAGAAGCACCGAGAAAACAGCGGAAAGGAAGAGAGAUUAAAAGCCGGGUCUAUGAUUCCUUGCUUUCUAAAACCAGUAAGGGCCAGGAAGCAAUUAAAUGUUUGAAGAGAAAGAGCAAGGGGAAAGAAUCAAAGUUAUGUUCUCGCCCUUUGCCUCGUGAAGGGAUUAACAAUGACUCAAGCGACCUGGAGAUUGAGGAGAAACCAAAAGCAGUUUCCCUUGAUGUGCCCUGUGCAUCAGGUACUUCAAAAGACAACAAAGAAAAUGGAAAUCCCUCGGGUGAAAAAAAAAUUGAAACUGUAUCAGAUGCACGCAGCAGCGGCUUGACCUCCUUAUCGAAUUUUGAAGAGAUAAAUACAGGGGACAAUAAAGCACCCGAGUCACAAGAUACGACGCGAGAGGCUAACACAGAUAGAGGAGAUGACCUUGAAACGAAAACCAAAUCAAGUUCAAAGCAAAAGGAGAUCUCUAAAAUCAAGAAGAGUGAUGGGAAAGAAAACAAUAAGGUUGCUGAACCUAACAGACACGAAAAUGAACUCACAGAUAGUGACGACAAAGAAAAUGCUUCAGCCUCCAAUGAUAACAGAAAACUCAACCCAAAUGCGGAUCACUUUGAAAGAAAGAAACAUUUUGGGAAGCAAGAAACUUUCAAAACCACCCAAAAGAAGGUGACCAAAGUAAGUGCCAAGACACCCAAAGACAGCUCCACCACUGGUGUACAAGGGGUGAAAUACAGGAAACCUAAGCCCACGAAUCCCAAGCCUUUUCGGCUAAGAACUGAUGAAAGGAGAAUUCUUAAGGAAGCAAACAUGGAUAGAAAACUAAACGUUCUUACUCCCUCCAAAGACAUAACAAUGGUUCCUGGAGUCUCUGGUAGAACCUCGCAACGGAAACAUCAGAAUGCUGGACAAAGAAAUAAGAAGUGCAUUGGACAAAUGGAAUGUGCCAAUCAGACACUUCAGGACAGAGAAGUUGAAUCAGACACAAAGAUUCUCAAGGACGAAACCCAGGGAAGUGGAACCUCAUGCUCUAAAACAAAAGGAGCUGUGAAACCAAAAUCAUCUACAACCCACCGGAGAUUUACUGUCUCUAUGUUCCAGAAAAUAAACCCUCUGGCAUCAGAGACUGAUUGCAGCAAGGAAAAAGCUGAACAGAAAUCUGAGAGAAGUUUGAGAAGGACGAAAUCAACACUCAUGAAACAACCCGCAGUAUCUCAAGGGAUCGCAUCAGGUAGGAAGAAAAGGGGUUCUCCCGCGGCAUCACGUCAACUCGGUGUAAUAAUGGAAACCUCAAAACCUAAAGAAAUGGGAAAGCCAAAUGAGAGCCUGCUCUUGCAGGAUCGAAUCAGGUAGGAAGAAAAGGGUUUCUCCCGCGACAUCACGUCAACUCGGUGUAAUGAUGGAAACCUCAAAACCUAAAGAAAUGGGAAAGCCAAAUGAGAAUGGUGCUUCCCCUGCUUCUAUUGCUUCUAGGUCAAUGUCACAGGAAAGAAGGCAACCUGCCACCACCAUUCCAAGGGAGCCAAAAUUUCAUAGUAUCCAUCUGCCAAAA